UAGUUUGAAGUAGAGAAGUUUUGUUGAAAUGGCAACCCUAAGAUCGAGCUUGCCGUUGCGGCUGCGGCAUCUCUUGACCGGGGAAGGAGCCGUCGGUCCCUCUCUCAAACUGGAGUCUGAACCUCCUCCUAAAGUCAAAGCAUUUAUUGACAAGGUGAUCAAGAGUCCAUUGCAUGAUAUAGCAAUCCCCCUUUCAGGUUUUCGUUGGGAGUACAAUAAGGGAAAUUUCAACCAUUGGAGACCGCUUUUUCUACAUUUUGAUACAUAUUUCAAGACGUAUAUUGCUUGUAGGAAAGAUCUUCUCUUGUCAGAUAACAUUUCAGAGGAUGAUGGCUUAUUCCCGAAGCAUGCUGUCCUACAAAUUCUAAGAGUAAUGCAAAUAAUAUUGGAGAAUUGCCAUAACAAGAGUUCAUUCAGUGGCCUGGAGCAUUUCAAACUCCUAUUCGCAUCCACAGAUCCUGAGAUUCUCAUAGCUACAUUAGAAACCCUUGCUGCUUUAGUGAAAAUUAAUCCUUCCAAGUUACACGUGAGCGGGAAGUUGAUUGGAUGUGGCUCAGUAAACAGUUGUCUGCUGUCUCUAGCACAGGGAUGGGGGAGCAAAGAAGAAGGCUUGGGUUUAUAUUCAUGUGUCAUGGCUAAUGAAAGAAUCCAAGAUGAAGGGCUAUCUUUGUUCCCUUCUGAUGUAAAGAAUGAAUAUGACAAGUCUCUCUAUCGGUUAGGUUCGACCCUUUAUUUUGAAUUUCAUGGGGUCGAUUCCCGGAAUGUAGAGGGAAGUAGUUCCAGGACAAUACCUUCCAACUUACGUGUUGUACACAUUCCAGACCUCCAUCUUCGGAAGGAGGAUGAUCUAUUACUUCUGAAACAUUGCACUGAGCAAUACGAUGUACCUCCAGAGCACAGGUUCUCGUUGCUGACAAGAAUUAGAUAUGCUCGUGCCUUCCGUUCUCCAAGAACCUGCAGGCUGUACAUCAGAAUUUGCCUUCUCGCUUUCAUUGUGCUUGUUCAGUCCAAUGAUGCUCAUGAUGAACUUGUUUCUUUUUUCUCCAAUGAGCCAGAAUACACGAAUGAGUUAAUUAGGAUUGUGCGGUCCGAAGAAUCUAUUCCUGGAAGCAUUAGAACACUUGCAAUGCUUGCACUUAGUGCACAGUUGGCUGCAUAUUCAUCAUCUCAUGAGCGGGCACGUGUUUUGAGUGGAUCAAGCAUCAUUUCUGCUGGGGGAAACCGUAUGAUUCUGCUGAAUGUGCUCCAGAAGGCAGUCUCGGCACUGAAUAGUUCUAGUGAUCCAUCUUCUCUUUCAUUUGUUGAAGCUCUACUACAGUUUUAUCUGCUGCAUGUGAUAUCUUCUUCAAGUUCUGGAAGUGCAAUUAGGGGAUCAGGAAUGGUUUCAACCCUCUUACCUCUGCUACAGGAUGUUAAUUCAGCCCAUAUGCAUCUUGUAUGCUUUGCCAUAAAAACCCUACAGAAACUCAUGGAUUACAGUAAUGCGGCUGUUACUGUAUUCAAAGAUCUUGGGGGAGUGGAAGUUUUGGCUCAGAGAUUACAGACAGAAGUUCAUAGAGUUAUUGGUCUGGCUGGUGCAGAUGACAGUUCAAUGGUCAUUGGAGACCCAUCAAGGUACGAUGAUGAUCAGUUACACUCUCAGAAGCGGCUCAUCAAGGCUUUAUUGAAGGCACUUGGAUCUGCGACCUAUGCUCCUGCAAAUUCUUCAAGGCCCCAGAACACCCAUGAUAAUUCCUUACCUGCUUCUCUGUCAUUGAUAUUUGGCAAUGUAGGGAAGUUUGGUGGUGAUAUAUAUUUUUCUGCAGUGACUGUCAUGAGUGAGAUUAUCCACAAAGACCCUACUUGUUUUUUAUCUUUGCAUGAAUUGGGUCUUCCAGAUGCAUUUCUAUCGUCAGUGGUGGCUGGAAUCCUCCCUUCGUCAAAAGCUAUUACAUGUGUUCCCAGUGGUCUUGGUGCCAUUUGCCUCAAUGCGAAAGGCUUAGAGGCAGUUAAGGAAACCAUGGCCUUACGUUUUCUUGUAGACAUUUUCACCAGUAGGAAAUACGUGGUUGCAAUGAAUGAAGGUGUUGUCCCUUUGGCCAAUGCUGUGGAGGAGCUUCUGCGACAUGUAUCCUCAUUGAGAUGCACCGGUGUAGAUAUAAUCAUUGAAAUUAUCAAUAAACUAGCUUCCAUGGGUGACGAUGCAUGCUCGGGGUCAUCAGGGAAAGUGGAUAGCAGUACUGCAAUGGAAACUGAUUCUGAGGACAAAGAGCAGGAGGGGCAUGGUUGUCUGGUUAGUGCUAUGGAUGUGGCAGCUGAUGGCAUCAGUAAUGAGCGUCUUGUUCAACUGUGUAUCUUUCAUGUGAUGGUACUGGUUCACAGAACAAUGGAAAAUUCUGAAACUUGCAGGUUAUUUGUGGAAAAGAAGGGUAUUGAAGCUUUAAUGAAGCUCCUGUUGCGGCCUAGCAUUGCACAAUCGUCUGAAGGGAUGUCAGUUGCUUUGCAUAGCACAAUUGUCUUUAAGGGUUUUACUCAGCAUCACUCUGCUGUUCUGGCACGCGCCUUUUGUUCUUCUUUAAGGGACCACAUGAAGAAAGCUUUAGAUGGAUUCAGUUCAGUGACGGGUUCAUUUUUGCUGGAUCCGAGGAUGACACCAGAUAAAGGAAUCUUUCCUUCACUUUUUGUUGUUGAGUUCCUUUUAUUUCUUGCUGCCUCUAAAGAUAAUCGUUGGGUGACUGCAUUGCUUACGGAAUUUGGAAAUGGUAGUAAGGAAGUCUUGGAAGACAUUGGGCGUAUGCACCGGGAAGUUCUAUGGCAGAUUGCUCUCCUUGAAAAUGCCAAGUUGGAUCUGGAGGAUAAAGGUUCCGGUUCUUGUUCUAGUUCAAAGCCACAGAAAUCAGACACAAAUACUGGUGAAACUGAAGAGCAAAGGUUCAACUCAUUUAGGCAGUUUCUUGAUCCAUUGAUGAGACGAAGGAUGACAGGAUGGAGUGUUGAAUCUCAGUUUUUUGAUCUUAUAAGCCUGUACCGUGAUAUUGGUCGUGCUGCUGGAGUUCAGCAGAGACUUUUUCUGGAUGGUCCGUCAAACCCACGUCUUGGAUCCAGUCAGCAGUUGCAUCGUUCUGGUUCUUCUGAUGCCUCAGGGACGACAAGCUCAAUGGAAGGCGAUACCCAGAGAACCUACUAUUCAUCCUGCUGUGAUAUGAUGAGGUCACUUGCUUUUCACAUCAGCCAUCUGUUUUUGGAGUUGGGAAAAGUAAUGUUGCUUCCUUCACGUCGACGGGAUGACUCUCUGAAUGUGUCCCCAGCAGCAAAAUCAGUGGUUUCAACUUUUGCCUCCAUUACAUUGGAACAUUUGAAUUUUGGGGGGCAUGCAGAUCCUUCUGGUUCAGAGGUUUCUAUAUCAUCAAAGUGUCGGUACUUUGGUAAGGUCAUUGACUUCAUUGACAGCAUUCUACUGGAGCGACCUGAUUCCUGCAAUCCUAUAUUAUUGAAUUGUUUUUAUGGGCAUGAAGUUAUUCACGCAGUCUUGACCACUUUUGAAGCUACCAGUCAAUUGCUUUUUGCGGUUAAUAGAGCACCUGCAUCUCCUAUGGACACAGAUGAUGGGAGUUCAAAGCAAGUUGAGAAAGAAGAAACACAUUAUUCAUGGAUAUAUGGCCCCUUGGCUAGCUAUGGUAUGCUGAUGGACCACCUAGUGACCUCAUCCUUUAUUAUCUCUCCUUUUACGAAACACAUGCUUGCCCAGCCUCUGACAAAUGGAAAUGUUCCUUUUCCUCGGGAUGCUGAGGCAUUUGUAAAGGUUCUUCAGUCCAUGGUACUGAAGACGGUGCUUCCGAUUUGGACUCAUCCUCAAUUUACUGAAUGUAGUUUCGAGUUCAUAACAACAGUUAUAUCUAUCAUGCGGCAUAUCUAUUCUGGAGUUGAAGUGAAAAAUAUAAUUAACACUGGAGCCCGUAUGGUAGGCCCUCCUCCAAAUGAAUCUACUAUUUCUAUGAUUGUGGAGAUGGGCUUUUCCAGGUCUAGGGCUGAAGAAGCUCUGAGGCAAGUGGGAACCAAUAGUGUAGAGAUGGCGAUGGAGUGGCUUUUUUCACAUCCAGAGGAAGCCCCAGAAGAUGAUGAACUUGCUCGUGCUCUCGCCAUGUCUCUAGGUAACUCUGGGACAUCCCAGAAGGAAGAUGUUGAUGGAAAUGCAAGUAAUGUGGAUCAGGAAGAAGAAAUAUUCCAGCUUCCCCCGGUUGAUGAUUUGUUAGCUACAUCUACUAGGCUUUUGCAGAUGAAGGAACCACUAGCUUUUCCAGUUCGGGACCUGCUUGUGAUGUUAUGCUCCCAACAUGAUGGUCAAUACAGGUCAAAAGUUAUUUCCUUUGUUAUUGAACAUGUUAAGCUUUGCAGUUCAAUUUCGAAUAGUGGAAACAGUGCCAUGCUAUCUGCUCUAUUUCAUGUUCUUGCAUUAAUUCUUCAUGAAGACACAGCUGCCCGAGAAGCUGCAUCCCAAAAUGGGCUGGUUAAGAUUGCUUCAGAUUUACUCGCUCAGUGGGAUCUUAGCAUGCAUGAUGGACAGCAAGUCCAAGUUCCAAAGUGGGUGACCACUGCUUUUCUUGCAAUAGAUAGACUGCUGCAGGUGGAUCCAAAGCUAAAUUCAGAUACCUCAGAGCAACUGAAAAAAGAUGAUGCUAGUAGCCUUGAGGCUGCUGUCACCAUUGAUGGGGAUAAGCAGAAGAAUUUGCAAGCCACCUUGGGCUCCCCUUUACGCUAUAUAGAUGAGCAUGAUCAGAAGCGACUUAUUGAGAUUGCCUGUAGAUGUAUAAAGAAUCAGAUACCUUCUGACACUAUGCAUGUUGUCCUUCAGUUAUGUGCUACGCUUACUAGAACUCAUUCUGUUGCUGUUGCAUUUCUUGAUGCUGGUGGUUUGCCAUCUCUGUUGUCUUUACCAACAACUAGUCUGUUUUCUGGAUUUGACAAUGUUGCUGCUACUAUAGUCCGUCAUAUUCUUGAAGAUCCACAGACUCUACAGCAAGCAAUGGAAUCUGAGAUCAAGCACAGCCUUGUGGCUGCCACAAAUAGACACUCUAAUGGAAGGCUUACUCCACGUAAUUUCCUCAUAAAUUUGGCAUCUGUCAUCUCUAGAGAUCCGGUAAUUUUCAUGCAAGCUGCUCUGUCUGUAUGUCAAGUUGAAAUGGUUGGUGAAAGGCCAUAUAUUAUACUGUUGAAAGAUCGUGAAAAAGACAAGUCCAAGGAGAAAGAGAAGGAGAAGGCGUUGGAGAAAGACAAGCAGCAGCUUGCUGAUGGGAAGACCUCUGUGGGUGAUGCAGGCUUGAUGGCUCCUUUGAAUGCACAAGGCAAAUUGCUAGAUUCAAGUUCCAAGAGUGUCAGAGCUCAUCGGAAAUCUCCUCAAAGUUUUGUAAGUGUAAUUGAGCUUCUGUUGGAUUCGGUGAUAACUUUUGUUCCUGCACAGAAAGAUGACGGGGUGGUAGAUGAACCGUCGAUAGCGGACAUGGACAUUGAUGAUGCUGCAAAUAAGAGCAAAGGGAAAGCUGUUGCAACUCUUUCUGAAGAUAGUGAAACCAAUAACCAGGAAGCUUCUGCAUCUCUUGCAAAGACUGUAUUCUUUUUAAAGCUGUUGACUGAGAUACUACUGACAUAUUCUUCAUCUGUUCAUAUCCUUCUCCGAAGAGAUGCUGAGGUUAGUAACUGUAGAGGUCCUUCCCAGAGGGGCAUUAGUGGGAACUACAGUGGUGGAAUAUUUCAUCAUAUUCUUCACAACUUCCUUCCAUUCUCUGCAAAUAAUAGGAAGGAAAAGAAAGUAGAUGGUGAUUGGAGGCAGAAACUGGCAACAAGGGCCAGCCAAUUCUUAGUUGCAUCCUGUGUUCGCUCAAAUGAGGCACGGAGAAGGGUUUUUACUGAGAUUAGCAGUGUGUUCAAUGACUUCGUCGAUUCAUCCAAUGGUUCCAGGCCACCUGAUGGCAGUAGUCAUGCUUUUAUUGAUCUGCUCAAUGAUGUCCUAGCUGCUCGAUCACCAACUGGUGCCUAUAUUUCAGCCGAAGCUUCAGCAACUUUUAUAGAUGUUGGAUUGGUUCGGUCGCUGACUCGUACACUCCAAGUUUUGGACCUAGAUCAUGCAGAUUCUCCUAAAGUUGUUACUGGACUAAUCAAGGCUCUGGAGGCAGUUACUAAAGAACAUGUCAAUUCUUCUGAUCCUAGUUCUGGAAAGGGUGAGAACGCUAAUAAGCCUCCUGAACAGAACCAAACUGGAAGAGCCGAUAAUGGGGGCAACAGAUUUCAGGCUUUGGAGACUUCUUCCCAACCUGAUCAUAGUGAAGCAGUUGUUGACCAAAUUGAGCCUUUUGGUGCAGUUCAAGCCUCGGGCAGCUCAGAGUCACUUACAGAUGAUAUGGAGCAUGAUCGGGAUACAGAUGGUGGUUUUGCUCCUGGAGCUGAAGAUGAUUUUAUGCAUGAAAAUUCCGGGGAAGCUGGGGGUAUUGAAAAUGGAAUUGAUUCUGUGGGUUUAAGAUUUGAUAUCUCUCACAAUGUGCAAGAUAAUAUUGGUGAUGAAGAUGAUGAUGAAGAGAUGUCUGGGGAUGAUGGAGAUGAAGGUGAUGAAGAUGAAGAUGAAGACGAUGAGGAGCAUAAUGAUUUGGAGGAGGAUGGAGUUCAUCAUAUGUCGCAUGGGGACACAGAUCAGGAUGAUCAUGAGAUUGAUGAAGAUGAGUUUGAUGAAGAUGUGUUGGAGGAAGAGGAUGAAGAUGAUGAGGAUGAUGAAGGAGUCAUUCUGAGACUGGAGGAGGGCAUCAAUGGAAUAAAUGUUUUUGAUCACAUUGAAGUUUUUGGCAGAGGAAAUAAUUUUCCUAAUGACACCCUCCAUGUGAUGCCUGUUGAAGUUUUUGGAUCAAGGCGCCAAGGACGCACGACAUCCAUAUACAAUCUUCUUGGAAGAUCUGCAGAUCAUGGUGCUCCUUCACAGCAUCCCCUUCUGAUGGAGCCUCCUUCUGCACUGCAUCCAGAUCCUCCUAGACAAUCAGAGAGUUCAGCUGAUACGGUCUUCUCUGAUAGAAACUUGGACAACUCAUCAUCACGGUUAGACACCAUUUUUCGGUCACUUAGGAAUGGACGGCAUGGACAUCGUUUUAAUAUGUGGGCUGAUGAUAGCCAGCAGCGUGGUGGAUCAAGUGCAACCGUAAUACCACAAGGGCUAGAGGAAUUGCUUGUCUCCCAGUUGAGACGGCCAACACCUGAUAAACCUUCAGAUCAGAACGCAACUACAGUGGAACCUCCUGUUAAAGUGGAGGCAGGUCAUUUGCAAGAAUCCGAAAUAGGGGCAAGGGCAGACACACCUGCAGAGGCCAUCGUGAACAACAUAAGCAUUUCUGGUCCACCAUCUGGUUCCACAGAAGUGGAUGGUGGAGGAAAUUCUGAUGGUAGACCAACAUCAAAUGAUUUUCAUGGAAGGGAAGCAUCAAGUCCACAUCCUCAAGCUGUUGACAUGCAGUAUGAGCGCACUGAUGCAGUUGUGCGGGAUGUUGAAGCAGUGAGCCAAGAAAGCAGUGGAAGCGGUGCAACUCUUGGGGAAAGCCUUCGAAGCUUGGAGGUGGAAAUAGGAAGUGCUGAUGGCCAUGAUGAUGGGGGAGAAAGGCAAACUUCUGGAGAUAGACUACCGUUGAGUGAUCUCCAGGCGACUCGAAUUAGAAGAACAAAUGUGUCGGUGGGAAAUGCCAAUCCAGUAAGCAGCCGAGAUGCAUCUCUUCAGAGUGUUGCUGAAGUUUCAGAAAAUCCUGGCCAAGAAGCAGAUCAGAGCGGUCCUGCUGAUGGGCAGCAGGUCAACCAGGAAGCUGAGUCUGGAUCAAUUGAUCCUGCUUUCCUGGAUGCGCUUCCUGAGGAUUUGCGUGCUGAGGUUCUUUCAGCUCAACAGAGUCAAGCAGCACAGCCUUCAAAUGAUCAACCUCCGUCUGCUGGAGAUAUUGAUCCUGAAUUUCUUGCAGCUCUUCCCCCGGAUAUCCGUGCUGAAGUUCUAGCACAGCAACAAGCUCAGAGACUACAUCAAUCCCAGGAAUUGGAAGGGCAACCGGUUGAAAUGGAUGCUGUCUCGAUAAUUGCUACGUUCCCUUCAGAUUUACGAGAAGAGGUGCUGUUAACAUCGUCUGAUGCUAUUCUAGCCAAUUUAACACCGGCUCUUGUGGCGGAGGCAAACAUGUUGCGUGAAAGGUUCGCACAUCGGUACCACAGUCGUACUCUUUUUGGCAUGUACCCUAGAAAUCGUAGGGGUGAAUCUUCCAGGCGUGGUGAAGCUAUUGGAGCCUCUCUGGACAGAGCUGGAGGGGGAAUUGCUUCGCGUAGAUCAAUGGGAGGUAAACUACUUGAAGCUGAUGGUGCUCCUUUGGUGGAUAUGGAGGCUUUGAAAGCCAUGAUUCGGUUGCUUCGUGUGGUCCAGCCGCUGUAUAAGGGCCAAUUACAGAGGCUUCUCCUGAAUCUAUGUGCUCACCAUGAGACAAGGACAACUCUGGUGCAAAUUCUGAUGGAUAUGCUGAUGCUUGAUAUGCGGCGGACUGUCGAUCAUUUGAACAGUGCUGGAGAGCCAUCUUAUCGCCUUUAUGCUUGCCAGACUCAUGUUAUGUAUUCUCGGCCUCAAUAUUUGGAUGGUGUCCCUCCCCUGGUGUCUCGGCGCAUUCUGGAAACUCUGACUUACUUGGCGCGGAGCCAUCCUUCUGUUGCAAAGCUUCUGCUUCAGCUUGAGCUUAUACAGCCACAGGUUAACGUGUCAGAGAGCUCUGAUCAGGCACGUGGAAAAGCUGUGAUGGUUGUUGAGGAAGAAAUUGGAAGCCAGCAAAAUCAGAAAGGAGAUUUCUCCAUUGUCUUGCUUCUAUGCCUCUUGAAUCAACCUCUUUAUUUGAGAAGCAUUUCUCAUCUUGAACAGUUGCUAAAUCUUUUGGAUGUAGUCAUUGAUAAUGCUGAAAACAACUCCAGCUUAUCCAAUAAGUCUGGGGUAUCACCCGUAGAGCAAACAUCUGGUUCUCAGAUACAAGAUGCUGAGAUAAAUGUUAGCAGUGGUGGUUCCUCUUCUGUUGGUGAUGUUAAGUCAUCCAAGACUGAUGAAUGCCUCGAACCCCCAGUUUCUGGUACAAAUAAUGAAUGUGAUACUCAACUUGUACUAUUCAGUCUACCACAAGCAGAACUUAGACUUCUAUGCUCUUUGCUUGCACGGGAAGGCUUGUCAGACAAUGCUUAUGUUCUUGUUGCUGAGGUAUUGAGGAAGUUGGUGGCUAUUGCUCCAACUCACUGUCAUCUAUUUAUUACCGAGCUAGCUGAUUCUGUCAAACAAUUAAGUAGAUCUGCAAUGGAUGAGUUGCAUAUAUUUGGAGAAGCGGAAAAAGCACUUCUGAGUACAACUUCUACUAGUGGGACUGCAAUCCUGAGGGUUCUGCAGGCAUUGAGCUCUCUUGUUUCAUCCCUACAUGAGAAAGAGAAGGAUCGACAACCUUCCUCUGAAAGGGAGCAAAAUGAUGCUCUUUCUCAAGUAUGGGAAAUUAAUGGUGCCUUGGAGCCCUUGUGGCUGGAGUUGAGCACUUGCAUAAGCAAAAUAGAGAGCUAUUCAGAUUCGGUGACUGAUUUGUCCACAUCAUCUAGAACAGUCACAUCCCCAACUGCUGGUGUAAUGCCUCCACUUCCAGCGGGUGCCCAGAACAUCUUGCCAUAUAUAGAAUCCUUCUUUGUGACAUGUGAAAAGUUACAGCCUUCACAGUCUGGUACUGGUCAUGAUUUCAGCAUUGCAGGGACUUCUGAUGUUGAAGAUGCUACUGCAUCUGUUGCCCAACAGAAGACUCCUUCAGGCUCCCUUGCAAAAGUUGAUGAAAAGAACAUUGCUUUUGUCAAAUUUUCAGAGAAGCAUAGGAAGCUAUUAAAUGCUUUCAUCAGGCAGAACCCUGGUUUGCUUGAGAAGUUCUCUCUCAUGCUGAAGGUUCCGCGCUUUAUUGAUUUUGAUAAUAAACGUGCUCACUUCAGAUCUAAGAUAAAGCACCAACAUGAUCAUCAUCAUAGUCCUUUGAGAAUAUCAGUAAGAAGAGCAUACAUUCUUGAAGAUUCAUAUAAUCAACUGCGCAUGCGUUCUACUCAAGACUUGAAGGGGAGGUUAACUGUUCAUUUUCAAGGGGAGGAAGGUAUUGAUGCUGGCGGACUUACAAGGGAAUGGUAUCAGUUGUUGUCCAGGGUUAUAUUUGACAAGGGAGCACUACUUUUUACGACAGUGGGCAAUGAUUCAACAUUUCAGCCAAAUCCCAACUCUGUCUACCAAACGGAGCAUCUCUCAUAUUUCAAGUUUGUUGGGCGAGUGGUUGGAAAAGCUCUGUUUGAUAGUCAACUUCUGGAUGUCCAUUUCACUCGAUCUUUCUACAAGCAUAUCCUGGGGGUUAAAGUUACAUAUCAUGACAUCGAAGCUAUAGAUCCUGGUUACUUCAAAAACCUAAAGUGGAUGCUUGAGAAUGAUACAAGUGAUAUUUUAGACCUUACUUUCAGCAUGGAUGCUGAUGAGGAGAAGUUGAUAUUGUAUGAAAGGGCAGAGGUCACAGACUAUGAGCUGAUCCCUGGUGGCCGGAAUAUUCGAGUUACUGAGGAGAACAAGCAUGAGUAUGUUGGUCUAGUUGCUGAACAUCGAUUGACAACAGCUAUUCGUCCUCAAAUAAAUGCAUUUUUGGAAGGUUUCAAUGAGCUAAUUCCUCGGGAUCUGAUAUCUAUAUUUAAUGAUAAAGAACUGGAGUUGUUGAUAAGUGGGCUCCCUGAUAUUGAUUUGGAUGACCUAAAAGCAAAUACCGAGUAUUCUGGAUACAGUGCUGCAUCUCCUGUUAUUCAGUGGUUUUGGGAGGUGGUUCAAGGUUUCAGCAAAGAGGAUAAAGCUCGUCUUCUACAGUUUGUAACUGGCACCUCAAAGGUGCCCUUGGAAGGUUUCAGUGCUCUUCAAGGAAUUUCAGGCUCACAAAGAUUUCAAAUUCAUAAAGCUUAUGGGAGCCCUGACCACUUGCCUUCGGCUCAUACAUGUUUCAACCAGUUAGACCUACCAGAGUAUCCAUCUAAACAACAUCUGGAGGAGAGACUGCUUCUGGCGAUUCACGAGGCCAAUGAAGGGUUUGGGUUUGGUUAAGAACUUGUGGGCAUCAGAUAGCCUUUGUAGAUAAUGUGGUGUUUACACGCAAAAGAAAAAGAGGAAAAAAAAGAGGAGAAUUGGGAAUUGGGGAGGAA